AUGCCCUUGCCGCCGAAGACCGAAUCUGUGAACGCCCGAGUUGUUGUGCCCAGAUCGCAAAAGGCCAGCCUUGUUUUUACGUGGCUACAAUGCAACCUGGCAGAUCUGGGCGCAAUAAACCCACCGCCUGCCUUGCGACAACAUCCAUCGUCCACCCCAGCAAGUCAGCGAUGGCCUGAUCCUAAGGCCAUUCGGCAGUCAGUGAAUGCUUCCCAACAGAAAUCGAGUGUCAAUCCGCCUCGUGUGGUGGCAAUCCCUGACUGGACCAAUACCUCUAUGGGCCCACCGCCUGUCCCUCUGCCUCGCGACCGUACAACUGGUCCUGAUGUAGCUGUUCCCACGUCUUGGCAGGGGCCAGCGGCAUCACCAAUACCAUCGAGGCUCACGGGUCCCAUUGGAUAUUCAGCCCACCACGGAUCAUAUUCGACUGAAUACCAGAGAUGGUCCAAACUCUCAUAUGCUACUCCUGGUGGCGCAAUGGCUGAAACCAUUUCACUAGAGAUCUCGGCCAUUCAUGAAGCGGGCGGGUGCAAGAAAUCAAGAGGUACAUUAAUCGGGAAUAUCUGCGAGGGCAAGAAGGAUAUUGACGCCCAAAUUGAUGCCCCAGGCCUCAUAAACUUGGCUAUGGAGACGGUUCUGCCCAAGCUACAUGCGUUUGGUGGGACCUUUUCGUGGCGUGAGCAUGAAUUCAUCGUGCGAGACUUGAAAUGGGUUGAUCUCGCAACACACCCACCAUCAAUUCCCUAUUUCUACUCACAGUGUCUUCAGCCCGCCCAUAAAGGUCCGGCGAAGGCCCCAAUAUUCAAGACGAAACAAUUCAGCCUUAUGGUAGUUGUGCCAGAGAUUCAAUGGACCGAUUUCGAAGACUGGCAAGAAGCGAACGAAAUGGCGAUCGAACGCUCAAGUCGUCAGGCUAAGGGCAAGGGCAAGGCAGACCCGCUGUUUUUUGCCGACUCGGCAGAAUCACUGGCAUACACAUACUCAACUGACCCACCGUUCAACCCAACUGACUUCGACUCAGCUGACCCACCGUUUGACUCUCAGACAGCGCCAAACCACCAAUUCGACUCAGUUGACCCACCGUUCGACUCUGAGUCAGCGCCAAAGAUAUCAUCUGCUGCCACCCCAGUACCAGCGCUGAGCAUGUCAUCUACUGCUGCCACAGUCCCUGCACCAGUUACCACAACUACCAAGCGAACUCAUGAGCGUGCGAUAAGUAUCACCUCUUCACCUUCACCUCCUCGCAAGCAUAAUAUUCCUCGUAAUCCCCCGCCUGUUCUCUGCUCUCCUGAUCGCGACGACCUGAGGAUAGCCUUGAAGAUUGGAGGAGGUGCGGAUUUAGAUAUGCAGCAGGAUUGUACCCGGUACCAUUCGUUUUCUGUGGAUAACGCUGAUUCGUCAGUGGGCUAUGUGACCAUCGACACAUCCCCUGAGGGUCGCAUCGGCAUAGGUGGAUUCAAGACUGCGCAUACAGGAUGGUUGACAUUGAUGUUGCCUCCUACCUCAGGUCUUGGGUCCAGGGCACGGCAUGACGUUGUUGUGAAACGUCCAUUCGAGAAGGACGAGUCGGCCAAGUUAUUUAGGGAAGCAAAUGUCCUAUACUGGGCAAAAGCUCUGUUAGGUCUCGUCUACGACGUCAUUGACCGUGCUGUGGCAGGGGCAUCUGAGCCUGUACCAUUCGAUAUUCCCCGUGUGCGCUUUGUCGAAGCUGGUCUGGCGCUAUCUUACUAUCAAGAUAGUAGCAAGCCUGCAUUAAAGGUUGCAUCAGCGCGUGCAUGUUUUCUCCUCGAGGAAGUUAUCAAUGGCAGAGACGACGAUUUCGUCAAGUAUAUUCAUAACAUGGACCCCAACCCAUUACUUGAUCCAGAUGAACCUGGAUAUGACUUUGCGUUGUUCCUUGCCUUCACACAACAUGUACAGUAUGUAAAGACAGGUGGGCUGGUCUUCAUCUCUGAUUAUCAAGGCAAUACUGAGCUGUUGACUGACCCACAGAUUAUGACACACCCUUCGGUUAGCGACAAGAAAGACAUCUUUGGGGGGGGCAACAUCGAGAAGGCGGUCAGUGAAUUUGAGACUCGCCACGUUUGCAACCACUUCUGCAAAUGGCCAGGGUUUGAACUUGAAGAGUUUGGGGGCAAGGUAGCUUAG